GGGGCGCAUAAAUCAUUCAACUUUUCUUUGUAUUUUAAUGCAUCGAUAACCAAGUUGAAGUGGAACUUUAAUGUUUGAAUAUUACUAAUAACGUAGUAACAGUGUAUUGGAUUAGAGUACUGAUCACAAUGUAGUUCCCGAUAUAGAUCUGUUUGGUGUAAAAAACGAGGAUGCUUGCAUAAGAGCAGGAUAGAAGGCACGGAAGGAUGCUAAUGGAGUUCCACCUGACACAUUAUUAGAUCCCCCAGGAUGAUGCAAAUGGCCUCAAAUAUAAUACAAUUUGACACACUGGAAGAUAGUGUUAUAAGAGUAGAAAUGAUUCCGAAAUCAAAGAGCUCUUCAAGAACUAGAUCACAGGUGAAACAAAGCUUACUGGUUAAUGGAAAUUUUGAUACCGAUGUUUUGAAAGCUAUCACAGCGAUAGAUUCAUACACAAGCAAAAAUAAACAAAGCAAUCUAAAAAAUCCGUUUGCAGUGGAACGUCUAGAAUUAGGCCUUCCUACGCCGUCGCCAAGACAAUCUCAGAGAGAAUGUCCUGUUGAACCUAUGAAGCACAUCGCACCAGUCGCUGAUCCUAAUUCGAGGAAGACAUGUAAGCAUACUCCACUUAGGAUUGACAUUGAUGAAAAAGACAAUACUGCUCAAAGUGGAGUGAAAGGGUUUGAAUAUCUUCCAUCAAUUGCAUGUGGAUACUCGUUAGAUAAUCCCAGAAAGCCUGCAAGAUCGAGAUCUGCAUUUUCUCCAAGAAACAUGACUGGAGCAGACAUAAUAAAACCAGUUAAUGUUGUCUCUAUGGCUAAUGAUGAUGUUAAAGCUGAAAGAAAUGAAAUAACGACGACUGUGCCAGACGCUGACAUAGAUAAUUCUGUCUCAUUAGAAAGUAGUUUAGGACGAUCUUUACACUGUUUCCCAAUGAAACCUUCUCUAACGAAAUCAGCAGCAGUUCCGGGACGUUUGUUUUCCACCUCAGGAGAUCAAAAAGACGCCAUGUUGAAACGAUGGCAAAGAAGACAAACUAAGAUAACAAAAGACACGAGGUGUCACACCGCCAUGACCUCUAGGUCAUACAUUCGCAAUUUUCCUAAGUCCGAACUUUUUGGAUCUAGUGAAGGCCAUAGCCAGGGACAGGUACCUACCCGUGGACGUAUCCUGAGGGAGCGUGAAUGCAGAACUGCUCCACCCCGAAUAAAACAACAACUUUCAGUUCAAAAUAAGGAUCUGUUUACGAUAACUUUUAAUCACAAUGCUAGUACAAGUUACGGAGACUUUAGUGACAUUAUUGAAGAUGGUGUCCUCACCAGUGAUUAUUACACAGUUCAGAGGGUAACAAGCGAUCAAACUCGCCAAGUAAGCAUCCCGAGUGCUGUUACGUACGAUGAUAACGAUAUUACCCUUUCGGGACAAACAAAAGCAAUUCACAACAGGAAAUUGUGAAAUCAACAUUCCAUACAUUUUAUACACACAGUGUGCGGCAGACGCAACAACUAGAUAUCUCAGACCCCCAUCCCGCAUAACAUGUACUAUCUAAUAGGUUAUAGGUAAUUUAGGAUAAAUAAAUAGUUUCAAACAAAACUAGAACAAGGAAUUGCCACCUGAUUGAAACUGGAUCAGAAAAUGCACAUCAGGCUUUGCUGACUUCGAUCACGAAGACUUACAAUUUGACAGAAUAACGUUGCUCAAAGAACGUGAGAAGUGAAAUGCUCCACUUAGUAUCAAAUCACAAAUUGAAAGUCUCCUAGCUCUGGACCUGCCGCUACUUUAAUUUUCCGAUAAUACAUUCAAGGUCAUCGGAAGUUGAACUCUCGUCAAUUUGAUAAAUAGCCUAUUGUUGCACCAAUGGUUGGAGACUCAUUAGUGUUAAGUUUUUUUAUCAAAUAGCAAAUAAUACAGACUGUUCAAAGAGAUAAAUUCAGCCUCCGUACGAAAUGUUACGUUUGUCAAUAACUUACCCUGAGUCAAGAUUUAAGUUCUAACCUGGAAGUGACUAAGUGUUAAACAAAUGCAAAGACUAUCAAUGCCCAUCCUUGGUCCUAGGUAUUUCACUUCUUUCUUUGAAUAAUAAAUGAAGUCCUUUGAAU